AUGGCUGAAGAUUGGCCGAGUAUGUUCACUUAUCCAAAUUGCCAUGGUUUUCCCAAAGCUCCGACUGAUCAUUAUGAGAGUGCUUUGGUACUUCGGCCGACUAAAUCAGGCGAAGAAGUUUGGAAAGAUUUCAACACUCAUUUCUAUGGAGAGUGCCACGAGUACUAUCACAAGAUUAUGGAUUUUGUGGAUAAAUCCGUUAGACGAAUACAAAGGAUUUUCAAAGUUUGUUUUGGUGUGGCUAUCAAGGAUAGCACAUAA